AAUGUAAUCACGAAUGUACGGCAGGCAGCUUUAAGUAACAAACGCCGCGGCUGCGCUCUUCACAAGUCAAAACAACGCCCCAAAUAUCUGUUCCCACUUCAAUUUUUAUAUAAACUGAUCCACCAUCCCCAUUUCUCUAUUCCUCAUCUUCUCUUUCUCCAACAAAAUUUAAUACUCAUGGCACCCAAUGAGGAGAAGAUGAAGAAGAAGCCUUCUUCUGGAUCUUCUAAAUUGAGUGGCCAAGAGAAGGGAAUUACAAGAGAUAUUCGUUUCAGGGGUGUAAGAAAACGCCCAUGGGGAAGGUACGCCGCCGAAAUCAGGGACCCUAAUCGAAAGAUCCGAGUUUGGCUCGGUACAUUCGACACGGCUGAGGAGGCGGCCAGGGCUUAUGAUGCCGCCGCAAGAGGCUUUCGAGGUGCCAAAGCUAAGACCAAUUUCUCUCUUCACUUGUUGAGUCCUACUCGUCAGACUCAGACUAGCUUGGAGUUGGGCGGUGGAGAUAAUCUUAGAAACGCCGCCGCCGCCGCCGCGAUUUUACAAUCGCCGGCGGCGAGUAGCUUGUUUUAUUUUAACAGGAAUGAAGCAGUACCCAUUGUUACACCAGAUGAGAGCGAAUCCGAUUCCUCAUCUUCGUCUUCUGUCAUUGUUCUAAAUCAGAAAAUUCGGGAAUUUGAUUUGAAUAUUCCUCCGCCCGAUGAAGAAGAAGAGGCUUGACGGUGGUCGGAUAUUAUGUAUUGUUUGAAUUAUCCGAGGAAGGGAAACUAGUCGUUGGAGAAGUACUUUUGGAUUAACUGUCACCGUUAGAUUUACUUAGCCUUGCAGUUAGGGGUACCCUGCAGUUAGUCCGCCUCUUUUAUUUAGUUAGGGUUUGUUUGAUAUCUCUACUGCUCACAAAAUUUGCAAUCUUUCUAAGCUUCCAAUGCUUUAUUUUAA